AUGUCGUCGAGUCACAUUCUAAAUCAGUUUCUUUCAUUACCAAAUGAACUUAUUUCUCAUAUUUUCAAAUAUCUGUCAGCUGCUGAUCUGAUCGAAUCUUUCGGCGAUUUACCUAAUUAUCGUCUUCAGCAGCUUUUUGCAUUCCGUAUUUCUUUGAUGAAUUUAAAAAUAACCGCUGCCGAACCACUUGUUUGGAUCAAUCAAUAUCGUACCAUCGUUCAACAAUACGUCAAACGUGUUGUCAUUGAUAUUGAAUUCGCCGAGAAUAUUUUAUAUAUAAUGCCUAAGCUCGAUGCGCUCACUAUUAUUUAUGAUUACGAAACAGAAUACUAUCUUAAUUGUUUUGUAGCACAUUUUCAAACAGUGGCAGACGUACAUGUUGGCACACUUACUCUAUCGACCUAUGAUGGAGGUUUGAACACGAAUAUAACAAAUUUACUGCUGAAUGGUAAUGGUCAAUUUCCCGAACAUACACUAAAUGUGAGCGAUUGUCGUCUUGCACUCAAUAUUCAUGAUCUACCUUCACAUUGUCAGCUUCGCCAUUUAAACUGUAUAGUUCAGGAGGAAGCAUUUCUACAUGCUUUGCUUGCGUGUCUGCCAAAUCUGGAAACUAUUAAAGUUGGACUUAUAUCUAAUGGACUUGAGCUAGAAUCGGAUAUUUUCAUGAACGCCAAAUUUGUGGGUGUAUCAACCGAAACAGAUGCUGAUAGCGAUGUUCAGGACCAUGUCGUUCUCUCUCGAUACAUACCUAAGAAAGAUACUCCAAAUAUUAUUGUGGUAGCACCACCAUAUCUACGUUAUAUUUCGAUUACUGGCGACAUUGCCAACUUUGAUCUACUAAGUCAACUCUUUCAAUUGGGUUCGAAAUCGUUAAAAAUAAUCAAACUGAAAGUCUAUGCCUAUUCAAUUAUUGAUCCUGAGCAAAUGGAUCGUGUCGACAAUCAUAUCAAUUUCGAUUUCUCCAUAGAUUAUCAACUGCUUCAAUUGCCCGCAGACUUUGACUGGAAAUCAUAUAUCGACGCAUUCUCACAUCGACCGGUUCUUCGAUGUGAAGAAAAGCGUUUUUGCUGUCUGUCAUCUACUAUAAAUAAAACUGUUUUUUGGCUUCAGACUCCGAAAAUAUUCGUUACAUCACCACAAGCACUUUGCUUUCCGCAGGUUUCAGUUUAG